AUGGCUAGUCCAGGAAAAGAUAACUACAGAAUAAAAAAUUAUAAGAAUAAAGUACUAAACCCCCAAGAGAUGCGGAGACGAAGCGAAGAGGAAGGAAUACAGCUUCGAAAACAAAAAAGGGAAGAACAGUUGUUCAAACGCAGGAAUGUCUCUCUGCCCAGAAAUGAUGAAUGUAUGCUAGAAAGCCCCAUCCAGGAUCCAGACAUCAGCUCCACUGUACUUAUUCCAGAGGAAGAAGUUAUUACCACAGAUAUGGUUGAGAUGAUUUUUUCCAAUAAUGCUGAUCAACAGCUAACAGCAACACAGAAAUUCAGAAAGCUACUAUCUAAAGAACCUAAUCCACCAAUAGAUCAAGUUAUACAGAAACCAGGAGUCGUGCAGAGAUUUGUGAAGUUUCUUGAAAGAAAUGAAAAUUGCACUUUACAGUUUGAAGCUGCAUGGGCAUCUGGAACUUUUCUCCAUACCAAAGUAGUGAUCGAAACUGGGGCGGUUCCAAUUUUUAUCAAACUCCUUAAAUCAGAACAUGAAGAUGUUCAGGAACAGAAACAUUCUACUGAUGGUGCCAUAUGGAGUUUUCUAAGAUUGCAGAAACCUUUCCUACGGCUCUCCUCAAUUACUUUUGAGUCCUCACCAGAAUUACCUUUCAUGUCCAUAAUUCCACCAAGAAUCUCUUCAAGGUUGGCUUUGUGCGGCAGCUCUGUUUCAUCGCUUAGACAGGCUACAACUCUGAUUUUGCCUCCACUUCUCACUAUCACUGAACCUAUGAUUAGCCAUUUAUUAACAAAUUCGAAUAGACUUACAACAACCAGAAAUGCUGUAUGGACCCUAUCUAAUUUAUGUAGAGACAAAAAUCCUCCUCCAAACUUUAGUAAGGUUUCACUUUGCUUAAAUGUCCUGUCACGAUUGUUGUUUAGCAGUGAUCCAGAUGUGUUAGCAGAUGUGUGUUGGGCACUCUCUUAUCUCUCCGAUGGACCCAAUGAAAAAAUUCAAGCAGUCAUUGAUUCUGGAGUCUGUCGAAGAUUGGUAGAACUUUUGAUGCACAAUGAUUAUAAAGUCGUAUCACCUGCAUUAAGAGCUGUUGGUAAUAUUGUGACAGGUGAUGAUAUUCAAACACAGGCGAUUUUGAAUUGCUCUGCAUUACCCUGUCUCCUACACUUACUGAGUAGUCCAAAGGAGUCAAUUAGAAAAGAAGCCUGUUGGACUGUUUCUAACAUAACUGCUGGAAACAGAGCUCAGAUUCAGGCUGUUAUAGAUGCAAAUCUUUUUCCUGUUUUGAUUGAGAUUCUACAGAAAGCAGAGUUUCGCACCAGGAAAGAAGCAGCAUGGGCUAUAACUAAUGCCACAUCAGGAGGUACUCCAGAGCAAAUAAGGUAUUUGGUAACCUUAGACUGCAUUAAACCACUUUGUGACCUUUUGACUGUUAUGGACUCCAAAAUAGUUCAAGUGGCUUUAAAUGGACUUGAAAAUAUUUUACGCCUUGGAGAUCAAGAAUCUAAGCAGAGUGGACUAGGCAUUAAUCCAUACUGUGCUCUUAUUGAAGAAGCAUAUGGUCUGGAUAAAAUUGAAUUUCUGCAAAGCCAUGAAAAUCAGGAAAUUUACCAAAAGGUUUUUGGUCUGAUGGAACAUUACUUUGGUGUAGAAGAAGAAGAUGCCAGCAUCGUACCUCAGAUGGAUGAAACCCAACAGCAGUUUGUAUUUCAGCAGCAAGAAGCACCGAUGGAAGGGUUUCAACUGUAA